AUGAAUUUUAAUCCGGCUAUAGGAAAUCACAAGCUAAGUCAUUAUGUGCAUGUUUUCUGCACGUUCACCACUUUUUGUAUACUGGGAACUGAAACAAGACAAGCUAUAACGGCACUUUCGACCUACUCGGGGGCCUAUAUAACAGCCCCUACAGUUCUUUGGUCUAAUCUGACAUCGUGCAUGCUGAUGGGAAUCAUGCAAUCCUUGAAUGCAUACAGUUGGAUGAAAGAUCACCAAAUCUUAUUUUUGGGCGUGACCACAGGCUACUGCGGUUCUCUGUCUUCGUUUUCUACCAUGCUGUUAGAAAUGUUUGAACACUCUACCAGUUUAACCAACAAUAACAUUGCCCAUCAUGCAAAAUUGCCCAACAGAGCUUAUGGAAUAAUGGAGUUUUUGUCCGUCUUACUGGUUCACCUUAUGGUGUCCAUGUGCAGUCUUAUUUUUGGCAGGCAAUUAGGGAAGAAUAUUAUCGUUACUUAUGGCUCUAUAGCUUUUGCGAAGGCGUAUACUCCUCCUACAGAUACUGUAAGUGAAAAUGCUGGAGAUGUGAAUAUAGAAGAAAUGGAAAAGAAUACUCUUGAAUAUAAUUUUAAAACUCCUGCACCUUAUAUUCUGAGGUUAUUCGAUUUUAUAGAUAACUUGGCCUACGCAUUAGCUUUCCCAUUAAUCGUCUUAUUCGUUGUUUUAUGUGCAUACUACGACAAUUAUUCAAGGGGCAAAUGGACAUUGCCAUGCCUAUUUUGUAUCUUUGCCGGCUUUCUACGAUAUUGGUUAGCAAAGCGUUUUAAUAAAACAAACAAAAAAUUUCCACUGGGGACUUUUUUUGCAAACAUUCUAGCCACAUUAUUAGUUGGUAUAUUUACAAUGGUACAACGUGGAAAAAGACAUUCCUUUAUGGAUAUUCCCGUCGUGAACAGUUUGAAUUCAUGCCACAUUGUUUCCGCCUUAAUAUCCGGCUUUUGUGGCACUUUAAGUACCAUCAGUACUUUUAUUAAUGAAGGUUAUAAACUCCAAUUCAUUAAUAUGCUUAUUUAUUAUACCAUUUCGAUCGGAUUCUCUUACUGUUUAUUGGUGAUUACUUUGGGCUCUUAUGCCUGGACGAGAGGUUUGACCCACCCUGUUUGUUAA